CAUAGCAGCAGAACUGAUCUAACCUCCCACACCCCGACAUUAGACCGGUUUCCCAGCAGAAGCAGCGGAUCGACCAAUACCAUUCUCAAAUAUAAAGUGGAUUUCUGUUUACAGGACCACUGAGCAGCCAUGGAAGAACUUACGGCUUUUGUCUCAAAAUCGUUCGACCAGAAAACCAAGGAGAGCAGCAAAGAGAGCAUCACGUACAGGGAAGUUUUGGAGAGUGGCUUAGCGCGAGCAAGGGAGCUGAGCAACUCGGAGACGAACCUUCAGGACAUCACAGAAACUAGUAACCAUUGUCCCCUGCAAUUAUACAAAGAACACAUCGAGCUGGAAAAAGAAAAACUAAAGGAAUUCGGUGUUACAAGGGCUUCUGAAGGGAUAUACGAAUGCAAAGAGAAGAAGGAGGAAGUGAAAUCCGAAGACGAAGACCCACAAGGGAAACUGAAACAGAGACGGAGUCGGACAAAUUUUACUUUGGAACAACUAAACGAACUGGAAAGACUCUUUGAUGAAACACACUAUCCAGACGCCUUCAUGAGAGAGGAGCUGAGUCAAAGGCUAGGGCUAUCGGAAGCCAGGGUCCAGGUUUGGUUUCAAAACAGAAGAGCAAAGUGCCGGAAACAAGAAAACCAAAUGCAUAAAGGUGUUAUUUUAGGUACUGCAAGCCACCUGGAUGCAUGCAGAGUUGCUCCUUACGUGAACAUGGGUACUCUUAGAAUGCCUUUUCAACAGGUGCAGGCUCAACUGCAGUUGGAAGGAGUAACCCACUCACACCCCCACCUCCAUCCACACCUAGCCGCUCAUGCUCCCUACCUGAUGUUCCCGCCCCCUCCCUUUGGACUACCAAUCGCGUCGCUGGCUGACUCUGCCUCCGCAGCGGCCGCCGUGGCUGCCGCUGCCAAGAGCAACAGCAAGAACUCGAGCAUCGCUGACCUCAGACUCAAGGCAGGACUUCUUGGAGGCCGGUGGCUGAGCCCCUUCCAGUCAGACAUCACUGCCCCAGGACCAUACAAAAAUGUCUGGAUGUCUGUCUAAGAUCCUGCCUUUAUUUCUUAUUUUUAAAGAUGAGAAGACUUUCUAAAAAAAAAAAAAAAGAACCGGGCAAACAAAGGCAGACAUCUGAACAAAACUAGAGCGUCACCGACAUUGGGUGACACCCAGCACGGACGGGAAUACGCAGGGUUUUGAGCCUUGCGCAGGAGGCCAUGUUCGUCUCUGACCACUGUGCUCCUGCCUGAGUGCAUGCGUUUGGCUGAAGGGAGGACUCUAUGGGCCUGGCCUCCAUCUGCAUCUGCUAUCUGUCUGAACAUGUUAAUCACUGCCAUGAACAAUGCUCAAUAUUCUCCAUGUUCUGCAAAGACUUUCACUCGAUUUUGAUUUCCCGAAGCUGUGGGCAUGCAGGAGGGCGGCACUGAGGAAAAAAAAGCUUUGUUUUCGGCGUACUUGAUACUUAUUUUCUGUACUGGAGGGAAUUAUUGUGUUGCUGUAUUUCUUGCAAGGUGUAUGUCUUGCAGGAUUUAUACUUUUAUUCUCAUGUCCUGCCCUUCGUUCUCUAAUUGUGCCAUGCCAUGGCAAAAAAAAAAGAAAAAAGAAAGAAAAAAAUUGCUUUUGCACUUCAGGUCUCAUAUCAAGUUGUUUACAAUCCAAGCUAAAGCGCAGAUACUACUUUUAAUAUUAGGGGCGACCAACGAGCAGAGCAAGGGAUAACACCAAAAGGCAUCAAAAGGGUAACUGCUUUUUUGUCAUUUAAUAUUUUAAUGAAGUUUCAGUUAAACUGAAAUGCAAUUUUGUGCAGUUAAGUGCAAUACUGUAAAUAUGAAAAAGUCCAAGCAGUCAGUUAAUAAUAAUAAUUAUUAUUAUAAUAAUAAUUAUAAUAAUAAUAGUUUUCAGGGUUUUUUUCUGGCUCUGAUAUCAAUGUAUUGAAUUUCUGUCAAACCGACACAUUUGUUUUUGAUAAGUGUUGCAAUUGUGGCACUUCAUUAGCAAUCAUGUGCCAAAUGUCCCCGAGUUUGAUAAUAUUCAAACAUGGUUUCGGAUACAUACAUAACAGUGAUAAUUUGUUGGAGUAGACGAGCGCAAUGGCAGAGGUACUAGGAUCUGAGACUCCACUUCAUCUGAUGCAAAAUACAGAUGUAGGAAAGCACCCCCAAAUGUACUUAAAAUCUAUUAAACUAUGAAUUUGUCUUAAAGGACAAAUUCAUAGUUCAAUAUGUGUAAAUCAUAAAAAAAUCAUUGUACAUACAGUACAUCAUUUUGAUUGAUUAAUGUAAAAUAUAUAAAAGCAUGUCCCUGUAUAUUUAACAAACAUAAGUACUAAAUUUCAGCAAAUGUUCCUUGUUUUAUUGCUUGCACAACAUAGACUCCAAAAUGAACUAUUGAAAAAAUAGUUAAAUGAAAACUGAGAAAAUAUUUAAGAAUAGCGAUUACUAAAGUUUUUUAUACAACAUGAGGGCAAUGCUUACUGAUAUUAAAAUGAUGAGAGCACAACAUAAAUAUUUCUUACUGUUGUAUUAUGAUCAACAUCAUGAAGCCAUAAUGAAGUAUAUGUCCUAUUUACCACAAUUUAUAUUCUCUCUCUCUCUCUCUCUCUCUCUCUCUCUCUCUCUCUCUCUCUCUCUCUCUCUCUCCCUCCCCUCUCUCUCUCUCACCACACACACACACAUACACACAUACACACAUGGAUAGAUGAAAACAAGAACAACAUUUGGAAAUUCAGCUGUAAUUAUUUUGGGGAUGCCCAUUGGAAAAUGAACGGGACUUUAAUGCUUUUUCAACUGCCUUUGAAGUCAAUAAUGAUCCUAGUGGUCUACCUCUAACAAAUAUAUUAUUAUUUGUGUUGUUUUUCAGAGACCAUAUUAGCGGUUGUUCAACGGUGGUUCUAUUAUUAAUAAUUGACUCUAUUUAUGACUGCUUUUAUUUAUUAUUUAGUUGGAAAUUUCAUAAAUGAGCUAUAACUAUGGGUGUUAAAUUUUUUGUGGCUUUGCAUUAAAAAUGUCUUUUUUUACUUUACUUUUGCAAUUGUUUGAAUGGAAAGAGUGACUGUUGUACAUUGCAUUAAGUGUAGUGUGUCUGGGGUUUACAAACAUUUCAGGGAUGGUAAAAAUAUGAAAUACUUUUCAAACACAUGAAUUUACCUUAAGUUCCAUGGAACAUCUACCCAUUAUUGUCAGCGUUACCAUCAUAUUUUAAGUUUUGUGACUUAUGCAAGCAUGCUUAUACAUCAUUUGCCAUACAGUUCUGUUACAAUGUGGCUCUGUUGAUUCACACAACAUGAAUGUACAUCAUGUACAAGUAAACUAUUAAUAAAGUGAAUAAUAUUUGUAA